UUUGUCGAUUUUUUUUAUUAUGUAUAUAACGGCCGUAUCCCAUUUAGCACUCGUAGGUGCCUCCUGUUAUGCGCUCUACGCACUGGCACCGGGGGACUUUCCGUAUGCGUAUACAGCAGCUUCCUUCUGUUUGGUCCACGGACUGCUCUCGGUCGUCCGGGCCUUGGAGGGCGGCGAGGAUUGCGCGCGCUCCUAUGCAGUGUCCACGGGCAUUGUGGACGUCAUACCUCUGCCGCUGGCCAACAUCGAAUUCUAUUUGCAGUCCUCGCAGUCGGGCAUUGCCUUGGUGCACAUCUUGUCAUUGAUAUUGCUGCUCUAUGACGUAAUGGGCAGCCUGGGCGAUGACUGGAACAGCUCCACGGAGACGGUGAAGGAUCUAUCGCUGAUGGGCAACAUAGCAUCCGGCACAUACUUGGGUGUACAGGAGGAUAACUACUAUCACGUGGGAGUGUCCGCAGCAGCUGCCGUCUCAAGGGUCCUGCCGUCGAUGCUUGAAUGCGUCCUUCCUGAAAUAGCACCCCAAAUAGAUACACUGUGCAAGGCCGCCAUGAUAGGGGUCACAACGUACGCCCUAACUAACCCCUAGUUAACGGUGCUGCCUUUUUU